AAUUGUGUAGAAUUUAGAAUACCCAGGAUUUCGGGAAUAAAAUAGCUAUGGUCGGAUAGAGGAGGUUCUGCAGAUCAAUAGUGUAAUCCUUUAAUUGAUGUUAAAUAAAUAUAAUUGAACAAUAAGUUAAUAUUAAAAAAAAUCCACACGAAUUAGUGAAGUGUUAGUGGAUAAAAAAAUGCGAAAUAUAAGUGUAAAAUUAAUUUUAAAUCGAAAAAUACGUUCUUCGAAUAGUGGUAAUUUUCAGCUUUAAACGCAAAUAUCUCGAAUAUUCCCGCGAGUAUAAGUAUAUAUACUCUUGAACUGAAGAACAUCCUCUGUAACUAAAAAUGUUCACUUGUUCGUUUAAGAUAUCUGUUCGUAUGCAGAAUAUCUAAAUUUGUUUAAAAUAAAAACAACAUUAGUGUUUCAUAAUGAAUAAAAGUGAACAUAGUUCGAAUAUGCAUAUACGCAUUUCUGCUCCGAAGCAUGAUUUUAAAAAUUAAAUUAAAAUUAAAAUAUCAUUAGUCAUCACCUUUUUUUAUGAUUUUUCAUGGAAUGAAUUUCGAUGACCUCGUGGAAGAAAAGGAUUCCGAAGUUGAAUGCUCACAACCGUUGAGCCCCCAUAGAGAUAAAGUGUUUAAAAAAAUAUCUUACAAUCUCGUUUGCGCUCCUCGAGUAGAACCAUCACAAAUUGUGGUACCGUCACCAUCUUCUGGCGGUCAUGCAGAUAUAAUACAGAAGCUGGAUGCCAUUGAGACCCGACUCACUGCCAUUAAAAAGUCCCUAACAGACAAAAUGCCAGAAAAGGCCGAGGUGCAGGCACAAAGCAAAUUAUUGCGCGAAUGCCGCGUCAUAGCGACAAAGAUGCAUCGUUCGAUUAUCCGCAUCACCCGUGACUUGGAGGACGAACACUACGUGGAGCUCGCUUCGAAACUGCCUAUGUCAUCGGAAGAGCACGUAUUAGUUUUAAGUUGUACGUAUUAGUUUUAAGUUGUAAAUAUUAGUUCUCAGUUGUACAUAUUAGCUUUACGUUGUAAAUAUUAGUUUUAAGUUGUAUAAAUUAGUUAUAAGUUGUACAUAUUAGUUUUAUGUUGUAAAUAUUAGUUUUAAGUUAAACAUAUAAAUUAGUUUUAAGUUGCUUAUAUUAGUUUGAAGUUGUAUA